UUUUCACAGAUUAUAUUACAUUCAAAAAAUGUUAGUGCUGUCAAUUAUUGGCGAAAGUUAGGUCCGAUACCGAGUGACCUUCGGGUGAAUUCCGAGUGCAAGUCAUCGCUUCAAUGUUUACUAUUUAUACCGAACUCUCACUGCGAUUGGGAUCAAAGGGUGUGCACGUGUCAGCCCUAUUACAUACUAUACAAUGACACCACUUGUCUCCCGGCGUCACUAUUGGGCUUCGGGUGUAGUAUUGACGCUCAGUGUACGCUAAAAGUGCCAAAUAGUCAGUGUCUGGACGGCAUAUGUCAGUGCAAACAGGAUUUUAUACCAUUGAGAAGAGAUAAAUGUUUACCCCCGGCUAAAGUGGAAGACUAUUGUUUGAAUGACCAACAGUGCCGACUCUAUGAUCGCUAUACUCAUUGCAAAUAUAUAAUUCCCCGCAUUUACGGCAAAUGCAAGUGUCCUCUCGGAAACACUUUAACCAAAGAUGGCAAAUGUCUGCCCAAUCUUCAGACACAAUGUUAUGCCGACAAUGACUGUCAAAUGGCCACAAAUGACUCGGUUUGCAAACUAAAUGCCAAUACAUUGUCAUCAGAGGACAAAUCGUGUGUUUGUAGGGAUGGCUUUGAGAUGACUGACGAUAAGCUGCACUGCAGAGCAUUGCCUACAACUACCAAACCUUCAGUUGCACCAAUAAAUGCCAUCGAUUCAGAUGUCGAUGAAAGUGCCUUUACUAUAGAUCCGGUAUCACUUGGAAAGCAGUGUAAGAGCUCAGUCGAGUGUCAGAUAAGAGAUCCAUUUUCCGCAUGUAUUGGAGGCAUAUGUGAAUGUAUCUCAAAGACACCGUCAUGUAGUGUAGCCAAUAGAGGCUGUCAUAACGACACCUUCCAGUGCCGUAACGGACAAUGCAUUUCAUGGUAUUUCGUAUGCGAUAAAAACAAGAACUGCGACGACGGAUCUGAUGAAGAAGGAUGUGUUAAACACAAUUGUCCUAAAGAAGCAUUUCAGUGUAAUGACGGCACAUGUCUAUCACGGGGAUCGGUGUGUAACGGCAAAUGGGAGUGUCCUGAUGGGUCAGAUGAGGCCCGUUGUUAUAAGGGCAUUCCCUGUGAUUAUAAGGCUUUCCGUUGCAAAAGUGGUCAGUGUUUGCCUCAAUACACUUUCUGUAAUGCCGUCGCCGACUGUCUGGACGGCAGCGAUGAAAAUGAAGAGAUUUGUGAAAAAUCCAAAACCUGUCCAAAUGGUACCUUUCAGUGUGAGAACAACCGGUGCAGAUCUACAGCCGUCCUGUGCUCGGGAGUCGACGGCUGUGGCGAUGAUAGCGAUGAAAACAAAUGUGAAGUUUGCUACUGUGAGAAACCGAUGCGAAGAAAUUAUAAGAGAUUUAAAUUUCAAUAUUAAAAUAUUAAAUUUAAAAAAAUAUUUUAAUUG